AUUGGUGUUAUAAAACAAAAACCACCACAUCCACACCAACCUUUUUCUCUCCCUCUUAUGAAUAGAUCUCUUGUUCUCAGAUCUCAAAAUCCAACAAUACCUCAUUCUCAAAGAACUUCACAAGACACAAGACACAAGACACAAGAAAUAACAACAAAACCAAUUUUCAUCCUUACUCUCUUUCUCUCUCCUCCAUUAAAGCUUCUUUCAAUUAUGAUUUUAGUGACCCUUUUCAAUCCAUACACAUAUCUUCCAUACCCACAUUUCCCUCAUCUUUUUUUCAUCCUUUCUUACACUUCCAUUUCUCCUUCCCUACAUUAAAAAAUGAAAAAUCUUUUCUUGGAUCCAAACUCAUCUUUUCCUCGACAUUUGGGAAAGUAAAACCUUAUAAUUCUUUCCCCAAAAGAAUUUUUUAAAAAAAAUCCAAACUUGGAACUUUUUCUUCUAUUUUCAGCCUAAAUUCUUAUUCCCCAUUAUAGUAAUUUUAAAAUUUGGGCAUUGUAGUGAGUAAAAAUGAGGAAGCAUGGAUGGCAACUUCCUUACCACCCAUUACAAGUUGUAGCUGUAGCUGUGUUUUUAGCACUGGGUUUUGCAUUUUAUGUUUUCUUUGCUCCAUUUGUUGGGAAGAAACUUUACCAGUAUAUUAUAAUGGGGGUUUAUACUCCUCUUAUAUUAAGUGCCUUUGGACUAUAUAUCUGGUGUGCAGCAUCGGACCCAGCAGACUCGGGAGUUUUCAAGUCUAAGAAAUACCUUAAAACUUCUUGCAAAGAACAUACUAAAGCAAAGGAUUCAAAACUAGGUGGGGGGUCUGCUUCAUCUAAGAAAUUUACGAAGGCUAGUGAGAAUGGGGGCAAACCUCAGGAUGGAGAUGUUAUGAGUACAAAUGCUAACUUGGAUGAUGUGGGCGUUCAUCAAGAACAAACGGCUAAAACAUCAAUUUGUUCGUGCAUUUCGGGAGUAUUGUUUUUUCCUUGUAUAUUUCUCUACAACUGCAUGAGUUCAUCAAAAGAUUCUUUAGAACGGCAAACAAGUGAAGAUGGAAUGUUCUAUUGUAGUUUAUGUGAAGUUGAGGUUUUCAAGUACAGCAAGCAUUGUAGAGUUUGCGAUAAAUGUGUGGACCGUUUUGAUCACCAUUGCCGGUGGCUCAACAACUGUAUAGGUAAAAGGAACUACCGGAAGUUUUUCACCCUCAUGGUUGUAGCUCUUCUAUUGCUAAUUCUUCAAUGGUCAACUGGGAUUCUUGUCUUGAUAUGCUCGUUUCUCGAGAAAACGAGAUUCAGUGCUGAGAUUGUUGCAAAGCUGGGAAGCAGUUUCUCUUUGGUGCCAUUCAUUAUUGUAGUGUCCGUGUGCACCAUUUUGGCUAUGAUAGCGACUCUACCGCUCGUUCAGCUUUUCUUCUUUCAUAUACUCCUCAUUAAGAAGGGGCUUACCACAUAUGACUACAUUGUAGCUCUGAGAGAGCAGGAGCAACAAGAACUUGGUGGUGGACAGAGUCCUCAGAUGUCUCAAGUUAGCUCACUUACUGGAUUGAGUAGUGCUAGUUCUUUCAACAAUUUUCGACGUGGUGCAUGGUGUACACCUCCGCGGUUGUUUCUUGAGGACCAGUUUGAUGUAGUUCCUCCGGACACCGGAUCAGUAAGUUCCUACGGUAAAAAAGCCGCACUGGAGGAACCAAUCAAGAAAAAGAAUGGUGCUGUAAAGAUCAGCCCAUGGACUUUAGCACGUCUAAAUGCUGAAGAGGUUUCGAAGGCUGCUGCAGAGGCAAGGAAGAAGUCGAAGAUCCUGCAGCCUGUGAUCAGACGCGAGGGCCCACUUAAAUUUGAACGGGACAGCAGUUUUGGAAGUGGUCGUCAUAUGGCGUCUAAAAUUGAUCACAAUCGAAGGCGAAACAGUAAGCGGGUCCGACUGCCCUCAGAUUUACCCCUCGAACAGCUCGUGAAUGUACCCACUAAAACCACCAAAGCAUCUUCCAUUAACUUGGCUCCUCUCCAGCUAGAAGCAAGAAGUGCCUUCCGAACUAGCUUGGCCAUGUCAAGUGGCGCUAACAUGGUCGGCUCCUCCCCUGAAAGCAGCUUAGGCUCUCCUGACGUGCAUCCAUUCCGUCUAUCUUCUUCUGGUGCGGAAGAAUCUAGAAGGAUCAAUAGUUUAUCUUUGGCCGGUGCGGUUGCACUGCCCGAAAUCCCAUUGUCAAGGUCAACCAGUGAUGGGUAUGAACCGUCUGGUGGAGAGGACAGUGACCAGGUUCCUUCUCGGACAGUGAACUGGAGCAGCCUAUUAUUCAGAUCAAACCAAGAUGGAUCAUCGGGAUUUAAUUAGGGCAACGCUAGAAAAUUCUAAUGGGAUGAAAUUCGUGAAUAGGAUUUAUUCGAUUUCUUAGCCUUUUGUUGGGGCGAAUGUCUUAGAUUUGGUAAGGCCAUAUGAUUACGUAAGAAUGUGUGAAAACGCAAAAUGGCUGGUGGCUGAAUUUGCUGCUCCCAACUUCAAGUAAUGACCGCUACUCAGCGAUGUGUCGAAAGUCUAAACAAAAGUGAGGUUAAUGUUGUAGAGCAUAUUGUGUAGAAUUUUGGUAGGAAUGGAAUGGGUAGGCAAUUCUUUUGUGGUUGUAUUUCUUGUUUGCAGGUAAAAAUGUAAUGAAAUUCUUCAACUAAAAAAUUCUUUGUUUUUACUCAUAAAUCAACAAAUUAUCAAAUUAACAAA